AGCUGGUAAAGUGGUAUAUGUAGUGAUUAAUUUACAGCAUGCAGUGAAAAGCCAGAGAACUUCAAUGUUAUUCUAGAUGUCAUUUUGGGCGAAUAUAGCAUGGAUCCCGUAGGGAGUGCAGAGCCAAAGAAGAGCAAAAAGUCCAAGAAGAAGAAGAAGUCAAAGAAGGUUAAAGACAACAAGGGCAACGUCGAUAACCUGCAGAAAGAUGUUGAUCAGAUAGCAGAGAUCAUGGUGACUAACAUCGAUAAGAUGCUUGAGAGAGCAGAAAACCUUGAAGAUUUAAUGGAAAAUGCAGAGGAUCUAGAAGCACAGGCAAAAGGCUUUCAAGUUGUCACAAUGAAGGUUAAAGAAAAGGAGAAAUGGAAAUACCAAAAAUCAAAGAUGUGCCUGACUCUGAUAAUCGUCUUCAUCAUGAUAGCCAUCAUUGCAAUCAUUCUAUUGAUAGUUCAGCCUUGGUAGCGAUGCUGGAGUACCUUUUGUGCCUUUAAACUUGACUGGAUGGUGUCAGAUAGAUCAUCAACUAGCCAAUAGAGUGCCCUCUCGAUCGUGCCAUCCUGUUGGACUGUCCGAGAAGUGCCUCUUGAGGAAUCAUAGGAAAACUCAGGGACACACUUGCUGCUUAUACCAGAGAGGGUGACCUUUGAACCUAUGAAGAGAGCUGCAAAGAGUAAAACCGUCCCAACAAAGAUAUCUGUGCCCUGUCUUACAAAGAGUUGCGAUCCAAAUCAAUCGCAAGUCCUCUAAUCAAUCGCAAGUUUGCAGGCUCCUGUUUAUAAUGUACAUAGUUGCAAUUGAUAUCUAUCGCAAAUAAGUUGCGAUUGAUAUCAACUCUUCGUAAGACAGGGCCCAGGGUAAUAGAUAUAUGUCAGUGCAUUAUUUCAAGUGCCAUAUAAAAUGGGCUUGCUUUUUAUAAUUAGGUAAGCAAAAUGUGUUUGGCAUUUCUGUAUCUUGUAAG